CGAAAACAUCCUCAGCAGGACGGAUGAUUAAUGCCUGCUCGCUUGUCCGCAUUGACAACAUAUGACGAACGAUUCGCUGAAGUACCUCACGAUGCGCGAAUACAGCAGCAGUCUUGAUCGCAGCGCAUCCCCCUCUCGAUAGCCCGUGCAGCGUUACCGCACAGGCAGGUCAUGUCGAGCAAUGGACCUUCAUCGUCUUCCCUCGCUUUACCGUCCGGGUCCCGACCGUCCACCGCCGCAGCCGACGUGAGCUUCACGCCUCGAAAUCCACAGCCCGUCGAGUCUCGAAUUCCCAGGUGGAGACGCAGUAGGAGCAGCAAGAGUCCCAGUGACAGCGACAAUACCAGCGUGGCAAGUCGAAGCAGUUACAAUGGCAAGCGGGCUGGGUCGUCGGAGCUACCACUCCCGGCGUCAGAGGGCAGGAAUGGCACCGUCAAAAGUACGCCUAAGCGACUGAUGAAGUCGGGAGGGUUCUUGCUCGACUCGGCGUUUGCCAACGGGCACUUUCACAAGAAGGAACUCAACGACAGCGCCGUGAGGAGAAAUGUGCCGCAGGUUCAGGUGGAGAAGGCGAAGACGGCUGCCGAUCGCGUGUCCGGAGACUCCUCACGACGUGGAUCGCCGCUCUCCCGCCAGGUUUCGAACGACGACUCGACAGGCUACUCUGGACGAAGCUACGCCUCGCCGUCGCCGAGUAUGGAUCCGGCCCAGCUAGUGCAGAUGGCUUUGAGCUUGAGCGAGAGUCGUAAACGACAC